GUAGUGUUUAACUCAUCUAAGACGUAAAUUUUUGUUGAACCAUCGUUUUACUACCCUUUGUAAUCUGUCAUUGUGCUAAGUUUUCAAUCCAAAUAUGGUUAUCAUUGUCUAAUUAGGAUGUUAUCAUGUGAUAAGUAGCUCCUGUUUCACUAAUCCCUCCUUUCAAGUGGGGAUUUUCAUCUAAUUUUCUUCAAAUCUACUUUUUAAGCAACUGUGGCGUUAUUUGAGCUCCAAGCACAAUGUUCAAGAAGUUAAAGGAUAAAAUAACGGAGGAAGUUAAGCAAUCACCCUUAAAAUUUCAAGCAUCUGUUCAACAAUUAGCACAAGCUGUAGCACCUUCCGUCACAAGUUCCACCUCAGAGGCUACAUUAAAUGAUCACUUUGUCAUUUCAGAAGAUGACUCUGGAAUUUCUCAAACAGAGCAAUCUAAAGACAAGACAGAGUUCAGGGAUGAUGAUGGAAUGUCAACUUUAUCUUUCUCACGAAGAUCAUCACUGUCAUCAGCUACAAAUGAUUUGUUCCCUGUUUAUGAAUCGCCUAGUGCCUUCAAUCAAUUUCAGUCUGAUCUUGAGUCAAAUGCCAGCGAAGUUGAGGACUUCUUCACAAGUUACCAGUUGGACCACAUAUCUAAAGAAAAACUGUACCACACAUGUCGUAAGAUUCAGUCUAGGUAUCAAAAAUACAAGGGGCGUUAUUCGGAUUUAGUGAGGCACUAUAAAAAGCUAGAACAAGAAAAUCAGAAAGCGAAAUCAAUUCUUAGCGAGACGCAAGACAAGGCUCUGAGAAGAAUUGCGGACCUGAAAGAGCAGUGUCAGUUGGAACAAAAAGCCAAAGCGCAUUUGGAAGAAUCUCUACGUAAUGACAUUGAGGAAAGGGAUCACAUAAUUAACACAUUAAAUACCAAAAUUGGCUACCUAAGAGACAGCAGCGAAAGUGGAAUAGAAACAGAAAGCCUAAGUAAAACAAACGGAAGCUCAGAAAAUUUAUCUACCUCUCCUGUUGCUACAUUCCCUCCUGUUUCAUCUAGUGGAGAUGCAGCACUAAAAGAAAAGAUCAAGAAUCUAGAAGAGCUCCUUCAAAAAUCCAAAGGAGUGAUCAUCGAAAAGAUAAACACUAUUAAGGAUUUAAACAAAGAAAACACCGAAUUAAAAUCUGAUGUGAAGGAGUUGGCCACUGUGAAAGAUAAAGUUGUCUCACUACAAAAAUUAGUUGAAACCCUACAGAAAAGUGAAGAGGAAGCUGCCAUCUCAGCGGCUGAGACCAAGCAAUCUAUAUACUUGGAAUUAGAAAGUAAAGAAGCCCAAGUGAAGAACUUGAAAGAAACUCUGGCAAAAGCUCUUCAAGAAAAAGCUCGUUUGAGUGACAAAGUUGCCAAUUUGGAGGCGAGUAUGCAAUCAAGUGAGGACAUAGCAGUUAAAUUGGCCAAAGCUGAGAAAGAAUUGGAGAGAAAAUGGUCUGCAAAACUAAAUGCGUCAGAAAGUCAUUUUAUGCGAUUGAUGGACGAAAAGGACCGAUUGAUGAAAAAAUUACAGGAAGAGAACGAAUUGUUGCAAUCAAGGAAAGUUGAAUUUAAGCCCGAAAAACCUGAAGACUUGUCAAAGGAAAAGUCUUGUAAAGAUUUAUCUCUGAACACCACAGAAAUUGCUAAUUUGAUGGAUGGUACGUUGAAUAUUAACUCAGGAAAUGAUGUCAAAAAGCCAGAAGGUGGCGACAAAUUGUUGGUGCCUCUUGAAGACGAAUUCCUUCUUUCGCCUCCUCCAGAAGAUAAAAAGUCUGUAUGUGAACUGAAAAAUAUAAUUGAACUUCUCAAAGGAGAAUUAAAUGAGAAAGAAACCAAAUUAAGGCAUAUAAAUGAGCAUUCCCUCAGCAAUUCAGCAAAGUUAAAUUUAUCCAUUGAGAAGGUCAAUCAAAUGGAAAGUGAUUUCCGAUCCAAGCGAGAAGAGUGGAUGCAAAUGAAAACUCAGUUCGAAAAACAAAUUGAAGGAUAUUUGUCGGAAAUAGCUAAUUUGAACUGCAGUCUUGAAGACUUACGAGUACAAAUAAAAGACAAAGAAGGAGAAGUAACCAACUACAGCGCUACAAUAUCCGAUUACCGGCAAAGUUUAACAAAUUUGAAGGAAGAACUGGGUUUGAAAACCCAAGAAAAUGGAAGCCUUAGAAGUGAAAUUAGUGAGUUGAAGAAUGAGCUCACAAAAUACAAGUCAAACCACCUGAAAGCUGACCAAUUGGAAAAGGAUUUUGUCUCUCUUACAUCGAAAUUCGAGGAGGAAACUUCCAAAUGUGCGCAAAUAGUCUGUGACUUAAAUGCAAAAUCGGAAGAACUGGAAAAUAUACGAGAUAAGAAUUCAAGCCUCAAACAAGAAAUUGACCAGUUAAGUAAAACGGUUGAGGAAAGAGACACUUCUCUCACUGAGUUGCAGAGUUCCUUGUCAAAGGCAGAAAAGAACUUUGAAAACGAAAUGACGUCGUUAAAAGGGUCAAACAAUGAACUCCUUUCGAACCUGAAAAAAUUGGAAGGUUUAUUGUCCUCAAAAGAUGAUGAGAUUGCAGGUCAUAGAAAUUUAGUCACGAAUCUAGAAAAAUCAAUUGCAUCAUUGAAGCAGCAGUUACAAAAUAGUCAUGAUGAAUCACAAGUAGAAUUACUUCGGGCUGAAAUUAAAGAUUUAAAAAAUAAAAAUGAAAGUGCUGCUGCAGAACUUCAAAAAUAUGACCUUACAUUAAAUGAACUUCAUGUUAAACUGCAAGAUUAUGAAACAAAGCUGCAAGAAGCAGAAAAUGCUAAAAAAGAAUUAGAAAAUUGCUUAAAAGACAAGAGCAAAGAAUAUCUAGAAUACAAAAACGAACAUAAUGAAUUUUUGAAAAUAAAAAACAUACUGGAGACAAACCAUUUGCAAAACCAAAAGCCAAUUUCAGAGCUUAUCUCAAAUUUAGUGGAAUCAAACCAAAGUGCCUCCCACAAUGAAGAAGCCUUAAACAACCUUAGAUUAGAGCUGGAAGUUUGUAAGAAGAGCAAGGAAAAAUGGCAGCUAACUGCUGAAGAGACGAAGAAAGGCCUGGCUAUAUUGAAAGAUGAUGUUCUCUCUCUGAGAGCUGAGUUUGCAAAAACAUUUAACAAAACUAAAGAGAAUUGUUUUAACUUGCUAACUGAUUGCCAGAAUUACACAUUAAAAUUUGUAGAGAAGAAGAAAAGAUCCUUCGAUAUCAUAGCAAGAGAGUUUGAACAUCGUGAAAGCGAAUUGAAAUCUAUUCAGUUUGAGCUGUGUGAGAAAAUCAAAGACAUCAAACAUUCUGUUAACUCCAAAAAUUCAGAAAUAGAAGCUCAACAAAAGAGAAUUUCCGAGUUGAUCGCCAGGGUCCAAAUUUCAGAAACGAUUACAAAUGAUUACUCAGAGCGAAUCAAAGUAUUGCAGGCGGAAUUAGUUAGUAAAAACAAAAUAAUAGAUGCUUUAAAAUCUGAUCAGAGUAACCAAGAGCUAAGUAAUAUAGGAGAAGAGCAUUCCGCAGAAUGGAGUCAAAAAGAAUUAGAGAUUGAAAAAUUGAAAUCGGAAGUUGCUGAAUUAAAAGAACAGUUGAAUUUCAAAAAUAGUGAGGUAAAAGAUUUUCAUGUAGGGAGCAUGUCAGUGGAAUCGGAAGCCAUCAGAAGUGAGUGCAAACAGCUGAAUAAUGCAUCAACCCGCCAUUUGCUGGAAAAAUCAAGAGAAGUUGAAGACGCUACAUCAGAUCUCUCAUUAGUAGAAAUUGAAAAUCUAGAAUUACGUCACCAACAAGAAAUUCAUGAAAUUGAAAAACGCUAUGCAUCUCUUUUGGCGGAAAAAUACAAAGAGUACGAAAUUUUGGAGGCUAAAUACCAUGAGCAAGAGUUGGAACAAGAAAGGCGAUUGAACAAGGAGGUUCGAGAAAUCAUCAAAGAUGCCAAAGAAUCGGAAGAACUUCAGAAUGAACAGCUGGAUGAAUUUCGUUUGCAGUUGCAACAGACAGAGAAAGAAGCUACCUCGAAAAUUGAAGAACUAAAACAAGCACAUCUUGUUGAGAUGAAUGCCACUAUCAAGAAAUGGAAGAAUUUCCUCGACAAGAAAAUUGCUGAGCUUGAACAGAAGCACUGUGAUGAAGUUAUGGCAUUAACUAGAGAGUGGCACCAGGAACGAAAGAUUGAUUGUGAAAACAUUCCUGCAGCGAAUACAGUUUAUCAGAAGCAGGAAUUAGAAAAAUUAGCCAACUCAGCAGGAGCUGAUUCCGAAACCGUCGAGUCCUUGCACAUUCAACUGAAAGCUCUGAAAAAAGAAUUAAAUGAUGAAAGGAGUCUCCGCAAGCACGAGGUGCAAGAAUUGCAACAACUCCUCUCUAAGAAAAAUUCCCUUAGACAACCAAAAGAGUGUAUGGAGCAAGACCUGGAAGAUUGCACCGAAAUGGAAUACUUGAGGAACAUACUGUAUGAAUAUAUGAUGGGUAAAGAACCCGUGGUUCUCGCGCGUGUUCUGGCUGCUUUAGUCAAGUUUGACUCGGAGCAAACGAGUAGGGUAUUACAGAAAGAGGAACAACGAUAUACUCUGUUGGGUCAACUUGGAAUGUCGUGAUUAUCUGUGAAUACCCUUUAUCUUUGAGACACAUGUAAUAAGGAUACAAAGGAAGACUUAAUGCUGAAGGUAUCAUUAAGCUGGUGCUAACCUCAGAGUUAACUGGGAAACUAUCAUUUCUCAAACUAAAUACUGUCCACUGUAUAAAAGUUUUUACCUAUAGGAAAUGCCAGAGUGAACAAGAAGUUUCAUCACCAAAAAAAUCUAGGGAAUUUAAUAAGUCUGUUCUCAGAGAUUUUCCUUUUUUUAUUGCAUUUAUUCCUCUCUACGUUUUAUUAUUUCUGUUCCCUUAAUUAAUUGUUUCUUGAAACUUGUAAUUACUUUCAAAUGUCUGUCAAAUUGAUUCUCAUUUACUAUCCAGUUAAACUGAAAAGUUGUGAUAUAUCUGUGCAAUAUUUAAAGACAAUAGGAGAGUUUUAUGAAAAAAUGAAAAAACUAAAUCUCAUUAAUUUGAAGGCAAAAAUGGAAAAGAAAGCAAUUAUAAUUUGGAUUUUUUAAUUUUCCUGUCUCUGAUGAGAAAAAUGUCACUCUCUCUUAAAAUGAAAUGAAAACUCAAGAAACUCAUCGAUCGUCUCUUUUUAAAGUUUUCCUCUGUCAAUCAACAAAUCGACGAUAAAUAAUGAUUCUUGUUUUUGUUAAUUCACACUUCCUGCUCAUUAAAAAACUUGAGUUUAAUCGAGUCAAAUCAAGCACUAAAAUGAUUUUGGUAUAAUUUACAAUGGAAAAAAUUUCAAGUUCACCCAAUUUUUUUUACAAGAUUGGAAGUAUCUCACAGCAGAGCAGAAAAUAAGUGUGUGUAAAAUCAAGCUCUAAACAUUUGCCUAACAUACAGGUUCUACUUCUUAAUUUUGGUCCACCUUUAUUAUGGUUUCUUUGUGAGCGUGAAGUUAGAAUUUUCUGUUUCUUCCUCUCUUGUGAGUUAAUUUCACAAGUUUUCGAUCUGUUUAAUGUGCUCUGUACAAAAUUGUGUUCAGAGAACAUUUGUUGUAGUGCUUAAUUUCUUAUUCUAUCCAGUGGUCCAUGAUUAAUUGGCACAUACCAAGUUAAUCUGAUUUGCAACAAAAGUACACUUUCAAUCCACUGAAAUCUUCAGCUUCUCUGAACUAAAACUAUUCCUUUAGUUUCAGUUGUGCGUCCAAUGUGUAAGGAUAAUGAAAUUGAAAGUGUAAAUCUACUGUCAGCUCUCCGCACACAAUGGUCUAAGGAUCUAUGUGUAUUAGCACUAGAUUCAUACUAUCAAGCUAUCUAUCAUUGAAUUUGCUGCAAGAGCGGGCAAAACUUUGCCAUUUGAAUACAUUUCAUGUCUUACCUAUGCUUCAAAGGCUUGAUUUUUUAUUCUGUAUUAUUUACUUGAUGUUAGGUAAUUUUUAUUUUAGGCGAUAAUCAACGUGGGAACAGAUUCCUAAACCAUGAGGGUUAAAUUUUUUUUCAUCGCUUCAGCUAUUGUAUUUAUUCAGAGCUAUGAGUUCUUUUCUGUAUGGUUAUUUACCUACUGUACAACUGUAAUCACCGUAUCAAUGAUAUUGAUAAAAUUUUAUAAAUAUUAAAUAGGUAACUCCAAGUUAGUAUGCAUAUUACUUCUAUUUCGUAACUCUUCUUCUGUCAUUUUGUCAUUGUUCAUUUGUUUAUUUAUUAAUUUAUUCUACCUAUGCUUUAUUUUUCGAAGCUGAUCCAAAUUUAUUGUUGUACCUGAUAAAACUGUUACAUAAUAAAACUGUGUUUGUAAUUUCUAA